ACAGUCGGAUAACAGAGACCAGAGCAAAUGGAGAUGAUCUGAAGGAAACCCGAUGGCCACUGACCAAGACCUCUUCCCAUCACUUCCAUUUAAUACACUAUAGGUACUUGUGAAUGUUCCACGUGCGCGUCAACAGUCUACACAGCGCGCGACUCCGUGCCAAUGUGACCGAGUCCGGCAGUAACUCGUGGGAAGCAGUGCACACAUUUCACUGGAUCGGUUGGCUGGGAUUUUCAGCAUGGCAUACCCUCAGGGCUACUUGUACCAGGCGUCCACCCCUCUGGCUCUCUAUUCGUGUCCUUCAUACGGCUCGAGCGCGCUGGCGGCGCCGCGUGCGGAUGAGCUGAGCAGAGGGAACUCCAGCUCUGGCUCUGCGUUUGCACCGUACGCGGGAUCUACAGCUUUCACCAGCCAAACUCCAGCCUUCAACUCGCUCCAGUACGGCUCAGAGCCCGCAUCCGCACCACAAUUCUCCUCAUUCGCGGGUUCCCCGUAUGAGCCGUCCCCGGGUCUGGCCGCCUCUCUGGGUUACGCGCACCCGUACGGAGCGCCGCUGGGCGCGUUCCCGCUCGGAGACCCCGCGUACCGGAAGAACGCCACGCGGGACGCCACCGCAACGCUGAAGGCCUGGCUCAGCGAGCACAGGAAGAACCCGUACCCCACCAAGGGGGAAAAGAUAAUGCUGGCCAUCAUCACCAAAAUGACUCUCACCCAAGUGUCCACCUGGUUUGCCAACGCGCGCAGAAGACUGAAGAAGGAGAACAAGAUGACGUGGACCCCACGGAACAGAAGCGAGGACGAAGAUGAAGAAGAUAAUAUCGAUUUGGAAAAAAAUGAUGACGAAGAUGAGCCGAUUAAGGCAGCCGAAAUGGCAGAGUCGACCAAAGAAUUAGGCCUUCCCGUUAAUCCCGGAUUAAUCACGACCGAGAAGCACACAGAACACACUGAUGAUGAAGCGGAUCGUGUUACUGACACUUCCGCUCUGAGAGAAGGUGAGCCUCGGGCUGGGUGCGACUCUUCAUCACCCACGACCUCCUCUCUCCAAAGCGAGAGAGUCGGGCCAGAGACACCCGCAGAUCAGGGAGACACUCCGAGCGCAGUGAAGCCCUCUGGAGAGAGCGGCCUUGGCACAUCUGUCAUUCAUUCCACGAACCCGGCUCCCAAACCCAAACUGUGGUCUCUGGCCGAGAUCGCCACGUCGGAUAAACCGGGUAGUGAGCGGCUCCAAACAUGCGGAGCCGCUCAGAGUCCGGUCAUCAUCAGCACGGGCACGUUCUCGCCCUCCAGGUCGCCCACACGGGGUCCUCUCCUCCCCAGGCACUUCUACUACGCUUCUGCUUUUUAUCCCGCUUUCACGAACUACAGCGCGUUCGGGCCGGCGGGCCGCGCCUCCAGCUCCGGAUUAAGCGAAGCAGCGCUGCACAGAGCAGCCAGAGGAAACACACCGGCCGACAUGUGCAAAGAGCUGGCACAGGGGGAGGCGCACUGCAAGCGUUAA